AUGUGACGCAGAAGUGCCAUGAGGGGGUGUGAGGUGUUGUUGCGGGCGGCCGCGGCGGGGUCUGGGGCCGGGUCCCGGCGGUUCCGGGAGUGCUUCGAUUUCGGCGGCCGCGAUGUGGUCUCCUGGUUCCCGGGGCACAUGGCCAAAGGCCUGCGGCAGAUGCGGAGCUCCCUGCGGCGCGCCGACUGCCUCAUCGAGGUGCACGACGCUCGCAUCCCACUGUCGGGCCGUAACCCCAUUCUGAAGGAGGUGCUGGGCAUCCGCCCGCACAUCCUGGUGCUGAACAAGAUGGACCUGGCUGAUCCCAGCCGGCAGCCGACAGUCUUGGAGCACCUGAAGCAACAGCAAUGCUCACAUGUUGUCUUUGCUGACUGCAAGCGUGAUGUCAAUGUCAAGAAGAUUGUUCCCAUGGUUGCCAACUUGGUGGACAACAGCCCUCGCUACCACAGGGCUGAGAGCACCGAGUACAGCAUCCUGGUGAUUGGCGUGCCCAACGUGGGCAAGUCCUCUCUCAUCAACUCCCUGCGGAGGCUGCACCUCAAAAAAGGGAAAGCCACUCCUGUCGGUGGUGACCCUGGUAUCACUAAGGCAGUGCUGACCAGAAUCCAGGUCUGCGAGAAGCCCCUGAUGUACCUGGUGGAUACUCCUGGCGUGUUGGCACCGAAGCUGGGCGAUGUGGAGACAGGCAUGAAGCUGGCACUGUGCGGAGCCAUCCAUGACCACUUCGUUGGGGAGGACAUCAUGGCUGACUACCUCCUGUAUGCCCUGAACAAGCAGCAGCAGUUCAGGUAUGUACAGCGUUAUGGACUGGCUGAGGCCUGCGAUGACAUUGGGCUUGUGCUGAGGCACGUGGCCCUUGCCCAGGGCAGGACACAGAAGGUGAAGGUAUUGACGGGCACAGGGAAUGUCAACAUGAUGAUGCUCAACUACCCUGCUGCUGCCUAUGAGUUCCUGCGGGAUUUCCGGGCUGGACGCCUGGGCAGGGUGACACUGGACUGAGACCUGUCCCAUGGGGGAGAGAGGCACCGCCUGCAGGUGCAUGGGCUGGAGCCACCUCAGCAUGGAGCUUUAGUGUGAGAUUAAAGUGGCUCUGCCAGGGCAGCCCCCAGUUUCAGAUCUUGGGCUGCUGCAGGGGAGCAGAAUCCCUGUGGUGGGGAUGAGGAGCUGCCCCCAGGUGUCCCCAUGCUGGACAGUGGUUGCUGUGGGGAAAGGAGGCCUGGUGCUGCUUCCUGCCAGGACAACAGCUCUGAGGAGCCAUUUCCUCUGUGGUCUUGGCCGUCUCUGGGAUUUGAAUUCCAAAAUAAAACCUGCAUGGAUAGGGUGCCGGGGCCAUCUCAAGGUGCCUGUCCUUAGCCCCUCACCGUGCAUCCAGUUAUAA